CCACAGAGAUAAUAUUAUAGAAAUAUUUCAGUUGACUAUUUGGACUUUUCACCAUAUCACUAUAACUACAAACAUGGCUCGUGAAAUUAAGGACAUUAAGGAAUUCGUCGAAUUGGCUAGAAGAUCUGACAUCAAGUCUGCUGUUGUCAAGGUCAACAAGAAGAUCAACGCUAACGGUAAGAAGUUCAAGCAAACCAAGUUCAAGGUCAGAGGUUCCAGAUACCAAUACACCUUGGUUGUCAACGACGCUGCCAAGGCCAAGAAGUUGCAACAAUCCUUGCCACCAACUUUGGAAAUCAAGAACUUGUAAAUUUAAUGAUUUAUUUUCGGUUAACGGUUUCUAUAGUAUAAUAAAAUUUUGAACAAAGAUUUAGAAGAAUAUUGAAAUUGUAGAGAGUAUUAUCAAGAGAUAUGAGUUAUGAUACUUUAUUGUUAUUCUUAUUUAAAGAGAUUUUUGUAUAUGCAAUUCUUAU